AUUGAUGGGUAACGAAUGGAUUUCGACAAAAAGUGGGCUUUGGGCUUAUUGAUUUUCUGCUUAUUAGGCUUUGUAUCUGUCCAAAGUGGUGAUACAGACAAAGCUAAGAAGAUUAGGGAAGCCGCCAUCUUCACCAUCUCCUUCGUCGCUUGCGAUUCUCCUUCCGGCAAUCAGCUAUUAUGGUCGAUCUUUAAGGCUCUAUGCACGUUUUGCGCCUACCAAACGCUUAGUUUCUCCUCUAACGCCUUCAGAGCUCUCAUAUAUAUAGAAUCCCUCGAGCUGCUCCAGCCGCUUCAGCCGCCAUUGCCGCCGUUCCCUACUCCACCUUCAACUCUCUCCGCCUUGGAAGGUCCACUCAGUCCAUUGUUGGUCGGCUCAUCCGAUUCUAGGAUUCCAGUAACAUUAACAAGAAUGGAGAGUUUAUGGACAUCACCAUUCUCCUCCUUGAUGAACUGGAUUCUGUGAUCCACAGUUUCAUCCCUGCAAUCUCCAAACAAAACAGGAAAACUGAAUGAAUUAUGUUGUUAGCAACCGAAUCUAAAAGAAAUAAAAGACAUCUUACUUAACAAAUUAAAACCUUUUAUUUUGCAGAUUCCAACGACGACGAAGCACCCGAGGACCAACGACAAUGGAAUGAUGCGGACGAAGCCUAACUGAUGUAGGUAAACUCCUCUUCAAUAAUACAUCACACUAUUAUCACUCCCCAAUCUUACAAACUUAAGCUCUAAUCAUGUCAGGGAUCCCACAGGUGAUGCUGUCCCGACGACGGAGAAAAAAAAAAAGAAAGAUAACCUAACGUUUUUUUUAUUUUUAGUUUUUAAGUUCAAAUCAUGUUUUAGACAUAGAGCCCAACAUAACUUGAGCCCAAACAUUUUAAACCCACAAUUACUUUUUCAUAAUUUAAAAACGUCAACCUUCGUUUAUGUUUUGUUAAACUAUUAUAAUCUUUAUGUUUUGUUAAACUAUUUCACACAGGGGGCAGAUCUCCUUAGAAGGGGAGCCACUCGCCACGAUACUUCCAGUUUCACCAUUCUUGAAACUCUUAUGAACCACAAAGCCAAUAUAAGAGCUCUGUUUCAAUCCAACGGCUGGAUUUUGUCACAGCCCACCGCUAAGCCUGAAGAGGGAAGAGAAGUGGAGUGCUGCGUUUUGGAAGAUGGUUACUUGGAGUUUACAAGAUGAAGAUGGAACCCGUGACGAGGAAGACGAGGAGAAGUGUUACUUGGAAUAUCCUAACGUUAAGGAUGUAGACAAUGUGUGAUCUUAGCGAUGAAAAUUAGUGUAGCUUUAAUAUAUGCUACUACGGUCCUUGAGCUCCCUAACAAGUACUAGCAAACAAUGUGUAUUUUGAAAAAAUAAAAUAAUUUUGUAAUGCAAGUAGUUUGAGAUUUUGAGUAUUUAUUCAAACAACGGAUAUAUACAGAGUUGAUAACUUGAUAUGGACCCCCAAAUAAGUUGGUGCUGCGCUGUCACAAUAUCUGUCUUUUUAAUUUUCAUAUACCUGACGUAAGCUUCUUCAUCUUCUUCUCUUUCCCUUUCCGUUGUUCCACGCUCUCUGUUUCAUGUUUAUGCCUUUUUCACAUUCUCUAUGUUUUACCUUAAUUAUACUUUUUGAAUUUUUCUUCCGUUUUGGGAGAUGUCUCUAACUUGAGUUAAUCGUCAAAAGCUAGGAUCAAUUUUGUUGUCUUAUUUCCGAUAAAUUUUAUUCUUUAAUUUGCACAAAUCUUAAACAAUACUAACAUCCCGUAAAUCAUACCGCCCCACCGAUAUCCAAAGUAACCAGCCCCGCGCUUGCGCGGGGUCUCAGCACCUAGUACUAGAUAAUAUCACAACUCAUAUAUGAUAGUUUAUCUUUUUAAUUUGUAAUUUUUCAAAAUUAUGAAAAAUAUAAUGUAAAAUGGUUAAUAUAUUGAAAUAAAAUUUAAUGUUAUUCUUACAUUAUUAACCUAUCAAAAAUAUUCAUUAAUUUUUAUCAAAAAUUUAAGUAAUCGAAAUUUUUAUAUUCAAUGAUAUAGAAAACUUAUUAUAAUAAUAUUGAAAUGGACUUUAUCCCGCGAUAUCGCAGAAAGUCAUCUAGUAAUAUUUAUUUGGCAUAGGGCAUAAAAAUGUCUUGGAACGGCUCUGUUUAUUGACAUGGAAAGUGGCAGAAACACCGGCGCCUUGGGAAUGUAUAAUCACAAGUAGCACGUGUUGCUUUCUCGGCUUCGAUGCAAACCUUCCGGCAUUCACUAUCCUUCAUACAAUAUUUUCUCCCUGAAUUAGGCUGCCUCUUGCAUGACCUCUGCCCUUCCACAAUCGUUGGUGCUUC